CAAAGGUGGCACAAAAUGAGAAAAAGCAAAAUACGGGGUUCAUACGAAGCAAAUCGAUCCUUCGGGUGACGAAACAAAUCCUCGUGGACGUCGGUCUGUCAUGACUCCUUCACCUAUCUAUCCAUCGGAACUUACCAAAAACCGGCGUCCACUAUCCAUCCCUAAGCAAGGGAGAUACUUUUGUAUAGAACUGUUGAACCCGGUGAUCGAUCCGAGAAGACAAACUUUUGGUUUAAUUCGCAAGGACAAGCGGGGUUUUUCAAAAUGUGGGAACAAACAUAUCACAGCUUUUUCUCUAUUCUUUUUUUUUUUUUUUCUCAAUCUUAUCUUUGAUCCUUUUGGUUUUUUGAAUUCAAUGCUUCUUUUCAAUAUCGAUUUUUCUAUUGAUUGACCUAUAUUUUUUUUUGGGACAUUUUGAAUACUUUUGUAUCUAUC